AUACGUGGUGGGUUCACCAUAAACCAUGCUCUUUCAACUAGGAUGAAAAUGGAAAAAAUCAACCCCCACACUCUCCCACUUUCUCUCUUACUCUUCAUCAUUCCUUCUUUAAUUCUGUCUUUGCUUCUUUCUUCUUCUUCUUCUUCCUCUUUCUCUUUUUACAAUUCAGACCCUUGGUUUUCUUGUUUGCCUUUGGGGGGCUCAAAGGUGGUUGAACCCCAUCAUUUUCCAUUCGUUUUUACGUUACCAGAAGACUAAAAGGAUCCUGCUUUGCUUUUGAACUCCCUUCAUUUUCCGUUCGUUUUUAGUUGGAAAUGGGAGGUGAAACGGAAAACGACAGAUCAUCCGAAACGAAACUAGAAGCUAAACUGCUUGAAGCCAUGAAGCGAAGGGCAUCUGCAGGAACUGCAAUGAAAUCCUUUAACACCGUAAUCUUAAAAUUCCCUAAAAUCGAUGAGAGCUUAAGGAAGUGCAAAGCUGUUUUUGAGCAGUUUGAUGAGGAUUCAAAUGGUGCAAUUGACCACGAAGAGCUGAAAAAGUGUUUCCAACAGCUUCAAGUUUCUUUCACAGAGGAGGAGAUAACCGAUCUCUUCAACGCAUGCGAUAUCAAUAAGGAUAUGGGAAUAAAAUUCAAUGAGUUCAUUGUACUCCUUUGCCUGGUUUAUCUUCUCACAUACAAUGCUAAUGGACAUGAAUCUAAAUUAAGAAUCGGAAUGCCGGAUUUGGAGGCCACAUUCGAAACUUUCGUCGACUCGUUCGUGUUCUUAGACAAGAACAAGGAUGGUUUCGUCAGCAAGAAUGAGAUGGCUCAAGCCGUCAAUGAAUCCGGGGAGCGAUCGGCCGGAAAACUAGCCAUGAAAAGAUUUGAAGAAAUGGACUGGGAUAAAAAUGGAUCGGUGUGUUUCAAAGAGUUUCUUUUUGCAUUCACAAAUUGGGUCGGAAUCGACGACACCGAUGACGAAGAAGAUUAAGAAGAAUAAGGGAUUGUCUGAAUCAACUUAUAUAUACUCUAAAUUAUGAU